CCGUCCUUAUUUUCACAAUCGCCGGCGUCUCCUCCUUCUCUGUUUCUGGUUGUGACGGCUGUGUCCAUCAAACCAGAGUCUCUUACUUCUCUAACGCUUCUGCCCUCCUCUCUGGUGCUUGUGGGUAUGGGUCGAUGGCCGUUGGUUUAUACGACGGCGGACGAAUUGCUGCGGCGGUGCCAGCCCUCUUUAAGGACGGGGCCGGUUGUGGCGCCUGUUAUCAGAUGAGUUGCAAAGACCCAAGCAUGUGCAAAAAAGAAGGGACGACGGUGAUGGUCACCGAUCUUAACACAAACAACCAAACAGAUUUCGUGAUCAGCAGCAGAGCUUUCAUGGCCAUGGCUAAACAGGGCAAUGAACAACACCUUCUUAAGCUUGGCAUUCUCGAAGUCGACUAUAAAAGGGUGGCUUGUGAUUAUUAUAAGAACAAGAAUUUGGCAAUCCGUGUGGAAGAAUCAAGCCAAAAGCACAAUAAUUACCUAGCGAUUAAGUUCCUUUAUCAGGCUGGCCAGACUGAAAUUGUAUCUGUUGACGUGGCUCAGGUGGGGGAGUCGUCUAGUUGGAGCUUUAUGACCCGCAAACAUAGUGCUGUCUGGGAGACUAGUCAAGCGCCAAGCGGGGCAUUGCAAUUCCGGUUGGUGGUAACGGCGGGAUACGACGGCAAGUGGUAUUGGGCAAAGAAGGUGUUACCGUCAAAUUGGCAAAAUGGGGUGACCUAUGAUUCCGGAUUACAGAUCACUGACACCGCCCAAGAGGCUGGUUGUUCUCCAUGCGACGCCAGCCCUGCCACCGCCGCCUUUGUACAAAAUUGACCCUAAUUAAGCAACCUGUCUCCAUAGCUAACUUACCAUGCCACGCACCCUAGAUUAAAUUGUACCUUUUGUUUUUUUUUUUGAAUUAUACCAUUGCAUUCUGGUGUAUAGUUGGUAGAUUGAGCUGUAUUAAAUAUACUUAUUACGAAGUAUAUUAUACGGUUGUAAAGUUCUAAUUCAUAUCUUCCAUCCAAUAAACUGAUCCACAUGGAGAUCAUAUCAGAAAAAUAUGAAUAAAACUGGUAACGUUUCUCAUUAAUAAAGCUUCUAACUUUCGACGAUUUACAAGUAAAA